GCGCUUUUCCUCCACCACCACCACCAACCCCGUGGUCGCCUCCACUCGCCCCGUACCACCACCACCACAACAACAACAAACAAAACAAUCGCAACUAAAAACAACGAUAAUCGUUGACUAACCACAUUUUUGUACACCACCACUACCCCACUCGGUAGUUUACCUCACGUGUGUGCACUUUUUUUUUGUUGUUUUCGCGCAGCCGUUCGCCACCUUGCAACUUUCGGUUUUGAGCGAGAAGGCGAACGCCGCAAUCGGCCAUCAUGUCGGCGCGAGGGGGCAAGAAGAAGAUGACCAAGCUGUCGCGCUCGUCGCGCGCCGGGGUCAUCUUCCCCGUGGGGCGGAUGCUGCGGUACCUCAAGAAGGGAACCCACAAGUACCGCAUCGGCAUGGGCGCGCCCGUCUACAUGGCCGCAGUCAUCGAGUACCUCACGGCGGAAAUCCUGGAGCUGGCGGGGAACGCCGCGAGGGACAAUAAAAAGGGGCGCGUGACUCCGCGACACAUCCUGCUCGCCGUGGCCAACGACGAGGAGCUCAACCAGCUGCUGCGGGGCGUGACGAUCGCCAGUGGCGGCGUGCUGCCCCGCAUCCACCCCGAGCUGCUCACCAAGAAGCGCGGAGCAAAGGGAAAGCUGGAGGCCGUGCUGCCCCCGCCCCCCAAGAAGCCCAAGGCCUCCCCCGCAGCGAAAAAGACGGCGGCCGCCAAGAAGGCGGCAGCAGCAGCGGCGGCCUCCGCAUCAUCCGCCCCCAAAAAGGGCAAGAAGGGCAAGCAAGCCGAGAAGGACAAGACGGCCGAGAGCAACAAAGCGACAAACGACAGUGCCACUGAAGAUGGGCCUGGGGAGGGCUUCACCAUCCUAUCCACCAAAAACCUCUUCCUGGGACAGAAGCUGGCGCUCACGCAGAGCGAAGUCGGCAACAUCGCCAACAUCUGUGUGGAGGCAGUGGUGCACCCCACCACGGCCGAUAUCGACCUGAAGGACGACCUCGGUAGUGCGCUGGAGAAGGCCGGUGGGAAGGACUUCACGGAGUCAAUCAAAGAGCUGCGCAAGUCCGACGGGCCCCUUGACAUCGCUGCUGCGGCGGCCAGUGUGGGCGCCGGUCUCUCGGUGAAGUUCGUAAUUCACAGCCACGCGCCGCAGUGGGGCUCCGACAAGUGUGAGGAGCAGCUGGAGAAGGCCGUGAAGAACUGCCUCCUUCUGGCCGACGACAAGAAGCUCAAGUCCGUGGCCUUCCCUGCCAUCGCCACGGGCCGGAACGGCUUCCCCAAGCAGACGGCGGCACAGCUUAUCCUGAAGGCGGUGAGCGCCUAUUUCGUGGCAACCACCACGUCAUCGCUCAAGUCCGUCUACUUCGUGCUGUCGGACAGCGAGAGCAUCGGCGUCUACGUGCAGGAGCUCGCCAAGCUCGAGAGCAAUUAACCUCUCGCUUGCCGAGGGUCACGGGGGGCGGGGGAGGAGCGGGCGGUGGGU